AAUGCUUUAAAUUAGCGCUGGAGUUUUGAGCAAGAAAACUUGAAUAUAUUCGCAGUUGGACAGUGAAUUGCCAAAUUUUUAUCCCGUAAUUAUCUGCUCUCUGCAACAAAGAGGUGACAAUGAUGAAGAUUGACUUCAGUGGACUUGAGCCGAAUUCUUUGUUGAGGGGAAACCCUAAUGAAUUGCUGAGCGGGCUUUCGACUGCCCCAGAAUUUCAGAUUCCUAAUACUAAUGAUUUUGAUGGGUUUCAGAAAGAAUCGGUUCAAAUGGUUAAGCCAGCAAAGGGAACGACAACUUUGGCUUUCAUUUUCAAAGAAGGUGUUAUAGUAGCUGCUGACUCGCGUGCUAGCAUGGGCGGUUAUAUAUCAUCACAAUCUGUCAAGAAAAUCAUUGAAAUUAAUCCCUACAUGCUGGGCACAAUGGCUGGAGGUGCUGCUGACUGCCAGUUUUGGCACAGAAAUUUGGGAAUAAAGUGCCGCCUACAUGAACUCGCAAACAAGAGAAGAAUUUCUGUUACGGGGGCGUCAAAGUUGCUAGCCAACAUACUGUACUCUUAUCGUGGAAUGGGGUUGUCUGUCGGAACAAUGAUUGCUGGGUGGGAUGAAAAGGGUCCUGGCCUAUACUACGUGGACAGUGAAGGGGGACGGCUUAACGGAAACAGAUUCUCUGUCGGAUCUGGUUCACCAUAUGCUUAUGGUGUUCUUGAUAGUGGGUACCGCUUUGAUAUGUCCGUAGAAGAGGCUGCAGAGUUGGCCAGGCGUGCGAUUUACCAUGCUACAUUCCGGGAUGGUGCCAGUGGUGGUGUUGUCAGUGUUUAUCAUGUGGGACCUGAUGGGUGGAAGAAGCUCUCUGGCGACGAUGUUGGGGAACUUCAUUAUGCAUAUUAUCCAGUUGAGCCAACAGUUGAACAUGAAAUGGCAGAGGCAUCAUCUUCUUGAGAUACUACGAUAUUUGGGGGGGUGGAUUUUACCUUCAUAUAUGUUCACAAUUUGUACUUUGAUAUUAAUCUUGCAAACAGUUCCCAGGAGACCUCCUUUAUGGUUUUCUAGUUUCUUCGGACUGUAGGAUUCGAGAAUGCUACAUUUAUUUUUCCAGAUUUUGCUUCUUGCUGGUUCUGCUUUUGGUCAAUGUAGAUUAUUCGACAAUCAUUAACAGUUUGUUUGGUAGUUGGAUUUAUGACUUAACCAUCAGUACCUUA